CCCUUGUGGUACUCGAUCCUGAAUCCCUGACCUAGUGAGCUGCAUUUAUAUGGGAUGAGGGGACUGAUGGAGUUUUCAGCCUCCUGAGAGAGAGGGAGAGAAAGAGAGGGGGAGAGAUGGCCAGAUUCACAGAGCUAUUGAGGAAGGGAAGCAGCAGACUCUCUCUUCUCAAGAAGAGUUCCUCUUUCUCCACUCAGCAAGCCUUGGACUCUCAGGUGAUCUCUCCAAAGAUUGGGGAUCUAUCUGGAAUCAAGAAGGAUGCUUCACAGCUUAUUGGGAGGACCCCGUUGGUCUAUCUGAACAAGAUAUGUGAAGGGUGUGAAGCCCGGGUGGCGGCUAAGCUGGAAUUCUUGCAGCCUUCUUUCAGCGUCAAAGAUAGGCCGGCCUAUGCCAUGUUAGAGGAUGCCGAAAAGAAGGGCCUGAUAACUCCGGGCAAGACAACACUGAUUGAGCCCACGUCAGGAAAUAUGGGGAUUGGGCUAGCAUGCAUGGCCACACUAAAAGGUUACAAACUUGUGCUCACCAUGCCCUCGUACGCAAGCCUUGAGAGGAGAGUCACUAUGAGGGCCUUUGGGGCUAAUUUAGUACUCACCGAUCCUGCUAAGGGAAUGGGAGGAACAGUGAAAAAGGCAUAUGAACUCAUGGACUCUUAUCCUGAUGCCUUCAUGCUUCAACAAUUUGAAAAUCCUGCUAAUGUCAAGGUGCAUUUUGAGACUACAGGUCCUGAGAUCUGGGAGGACACUUUGGGGAAGGUAGAUAUCUUUGUAAUGGGAAUUGGGAGUGGUGGCACAGUGACUGGUGUAGGAAGAUAUCUCAAAUCCAUGAACCCUAAUGUAAAGAUAUAUGGACUUGAGCCUGCAGAGUCGAACGUUCUGAAUGGUGGUAAACCAGGCCCUCACCUUAUUACUGGCAAUGGAGUUGGUUUCAAGCCUGGGAUUUUGGACAUGGAUGUAAUGGAAGAAGUUCUUGAGGUCACUAGUGAUGAUGCAGUGAAGAUGGCUAGAGAAUUGGCAAUAAAAGAGGGUCUUCUGGUUGGGAUAUCCUCAGGAGCUAAUACAGUUGCAGCACUCAGGCUUGCAAGAAAGCCAGAGAACAAGGGCAAACUUAUAGUGACCGUUCAUCCGAGCUUGGGAGAAAGGUACUUGUCAUCUGCAUUAUUUGAAGAAUUAAGGCAAGAGGCUGAAAAGAUGCAACCAGUGGCAGUUAACUAGCUUAUGUAUGAUCAGAAACAAUCACAUCUGCAAAUGUGAAAUGUUUUAUUUUAUAACUUUGAUGUCAUUUGUAUUAGUGACCAAUUAGUAUUUGUAUCUUCAUCGUCAUCGAGUGCGUUUUUUUCUCCUUUGUCUUCUGUUUUUGUUGGUGAAAUUGUUUUGAAGAGUCAGAGAAAAUUAUGAAGCUGGCAGUGUGUUUUCAGUUA